CGGGAAAAUAUAGCGGCAUGAAUUCGAAGAUUUGAUCAAAUUCGAACGGAGUUUGUGGCUUUUAACGUUAUUUUAAAUUGUAUUUAUACUUUCAUUCUUCCGAUAAGUGUUCUUUGUUUCCUCUAAUUCCUAAUGGAUCCUUCAGAAGUUGAAUUCGUUGCAGAAAAGGAAAAAAUAUCGAUCCUGACGAACUUCUCUGAGAACAAAAUUUAUUUGAUCGGGGUAGGCUUUGUUUGUCGGUUUUGUGGUUACUAUGUAAGCUUAUUACUCUGAUAUAGAGUAAGUGGCGUUUUAGUGUGUACACCCGUCAAGGAUCGUAUUGCUGUUUUUCAAUUCAGGGGGACAUAGGGCCUUUCAAUGCAUCACUGCCAACAGAAGUGCCUCUGUGGGUGGCAAUAUUUCUAAAACAGAGAAGAAAAUGCAGAAUCCAGCCUCCUGAUUGGAUGGAUGUUGGUAAGAGAAGAAGUUUAAUGCAAGCAAUUCUGUCAUAUAAUUUAUUGCGCAGUCAUCAGUUUUAAAGCACGUACCUGUGCAAGGCAGACACUUAGGUUAUGUCCUGCAGGGGAUGACACCCAUGUAAAAGUGAUGGGGAUGCUGGUCUUAGAAUUUAUUAAACCGUGAAAGGAGACCAAAGUAACCAUGGCCCAGGCUUUAUUUGACUCCUAAAGGAGGUUGUACUCCAACAAAGUGUGACAGCAUUGCUUUUUUUAUUGGGAUAUUUCUCUACACACAACCCUAGCCUAAGUAAUACAAUAAUGGCCAAACAUAUUGGCAUUUCAUCCUGAACACCCUAAGAGAAAUUACAAUCUGCAAUUUCUACCCCUAAAUUGGGAGACGAGCAUCCCAGCAUUUUUGCAUGGGAGCAAACCUUGCCCAGGAGGGAUGUGGGGGGAAGGGACAUUAAGUGGGUAUCAGAUAGAGACACCUACAUUUUAUGUACCCUUGUUAUUAUUGUUAACUCUUUCUAAGAUAGACACUGUUGUGACCAGCACCAAUGGUCCUUUUUAGAGAGGUGUCUGUCUUUUUUAGAGUCAAAGGCAGGGAUCAACUGUGUAGCUUGUUUUAGAGCAGUAUCCAUCUUUACCAUGGUGUGACUUUUUGUAAAGAGAUUUUGUUGACUGAUGUAUAGGAAGUCUGAGACAUGCUUGUAUAGUUGGGGCAUGGGUGAGCCAGGGCUGUCACUAAGAGCAGAGGGCCAGGGAUUUUCUCUGGCUACUAUUAGCGUGAGCCCCGGCUACUUUCAUGGGAAACAAAAGGAAAAUCGAACCGAAAGACCUUCCUUGCUGUUCAGUUCCUCUCCUACUAAUUGCAGAUGCCCAGCAACUUGAAAUUUUAGUGACAGCCCUGGCUUUGCUCCAAGAAAAUUGUAGACUGCCCAGUGAACAGAACCUGUGAAAUCCAGGGUGCCCCCAGUACAUGCAAAAACUAAGAUUUCCUAGUCAUCCAAGAGCAAAAGAAAGAACCAGGGGCCACCGAGUGCUACUAGAACAGAGCACAGCCCUGGCUGGGGAGACAACAUCUUAAGGAUUACAUGUAAAAGAGUCUAAGUUAAAACUUAUUUCACAGAAAGACUUCAGGAACUCAAGGAGAAGGAGAAAGAGGCUGAGUACUUCACGAAAAUGCCAUCAAAACACUACAUGGAAAUUGCUUCCCUACUUCUUAACAGGUAACAUUCAAGAAUACACUGUACCUAUCGUAAAAUCCUCAAUAUUGUUGUACUACUGUUUUUGGAAUAGUGAACUGAUGAAGUUUAAGAGAUAGUUGAAUCAACUUGACAUUUGGCUACUGCGCAGCUUUCUGUGUGGGAGGUUCUGAGUUCAAUUCCAAGGAGUGACCUUAAAUCCUUGUUUGAACUUCUUUCCUUUAGUUUCCCUGUAGCUUUAAGUAGCUUAAAAUACCCAGAAAACAGAGAACUGAGGGAGAGAGGGAGGUAAAAUGAGUGCACCAUCAUCCUCACGUUUGUCAGUUGAAGAACUGUUACAAUUUAUCCAUGUAAAAUAAGGACCCUUGCCUUAACCUGACCUUUAUUUGUUCAUGUGGAUGUAAAGUAAAAGAAAUGGGAGUCGUUUUGGGGGAACUGGGCCAGAGCACAAUAGAGUCUUUAUGGUUAAAUAUUUACGGUGGAGUCUAUUGAACAUUUUGAAACUUAUAUGUAACAGUGGUCUGAUAUAGCAUAUUGAAAUUUACCUUUCUUUCUAGUGCUGCUGAUGACAUUCCUCAUGCAGAUGAGGUGCGCACAUUAAUCAAAGACAUUUGGGACUUGAGGAUUGCUAAACUUAGAAAAUCUAUUGACAUCAUGGUUAGCCAACAGGAAGUCUAUGCACGGGUAUGUAUGGCCUUUUAAUAUUGUUGGACUUACUGACUCUUCUGUCAACCCCAGCUGCUUUUACUCACUGUAAAUCCUCUAUAGCUAUUAUCCACCUCUCAAAUAGGCUCCCCCCUUUUCAGGGAAAGAAAGUUAUUAAGACCCCCUCCCUCUUAUAUCCCCACCUCUAUCCCCCCUAUUCAUAAAUGAUUAUUAAUCAUGACUGUAACACUUCAUGUGGACUUAUCUGGUAUGUUUUUCCAUUAUGCUGGAAGUUUUGAUUUGUUUUUGCUCUUCAGCUACAUGACCUGCAACUUCUCGUGCCUGAGCUUUUCCACUCUGCAUUCUAGUUCUUUAUGGAAAAUUGAUACCAUCACCUUUGCUAAAUUAAAUACCCCCCCUCUAAAAAAAAGCCCCCCAUCUCUUUUAAGCCCCCACCCACCCCCCCUCAAAUGGAGUAGAGGAUUUAUGGUUAAAUUAACACCUUUCAUAUAGUGAGGUAAGGAACCAUUCCCCAAAUUAAAGGUAUUUGCUGUUUUUGCUUAAAAGGUGCUACAGUUGCACUUUUUUAAAGAGUGAAUUCUACUCAGAUGUCGUCACUUCAUUUCCUUUGUGUUUUGAGUAAGGAGUUACCUGUUCCUGGAUGUGCUCUAGCACCACCUAACAGCCCGGGCUUUUGCUGAGAUUUCAUAAAAUGUGCUAGGGCUAUGCUUUUGGUAGGCAGUGAAUUUAACAGCUAUAAAGUUCUUUUGGUGCUAUUUUCCUUUUGUUUCCUAUGAAUUUUAAAAAGUCUCUCAUGCUCUGAGGGGCAGGGGGGAAUCCCCUGUCCCCAGGUCUAGUCAGUGCCAACUUACUAGUACUUUGCCUUCGCGUGACAACAGGAAUUGUUACUAUUCGCACCAAAUUUUUACCCUGGGCACCCUGAUUUCAUUUGUUUUAGGUUUAGUGCUUUUGGGUUCUGUAAAAUUUUUUGUAUGUCACAGCUCUGCUCUAUAGUAGUUCUGUUCAUGGGCACUCACUUGCUGUUACAAAACAUUUCUUCACUCUAAAUUAUUGUCAAUUAUUGUCAAGUUCAAUCCUACCCUUGAAUAGUCAGUCAGUGACUUACAGCAACAUAAAAUGUCACUGAUAUCUUCAAGCUCAUGCAUUUGUUAAAAUUACUUACUUUUAAAUUUUGUCUUGCAGCUUGAUGAUCUGUCAUUGAUGGAAAUCAACAUGAUUCGCCCAUUUCUCACUCAAGCACUUGAUCACAUGCACAACUUGAGGUGCCAUGUUGCUGAGAACCCAAGCAACACCUGACAGAUUUUACCCCUGGUCUGCCUGGGGGAGAAGGGUUGGAGUGAGCACUAGAAUUCACUAGGGUUGUGGUGCAUGAGGCAAAGGGGAGGGCGUUUGAAGAAGGGCUAAAAAGAUCUGCCACCCCAGUCUUUCCAUAUUGAUAAAUAUUUAUGCUUUCCACUCUGCCCAAACUCCCUUUGCUUUCAAAAUAAAAAGCAGCUACUACAAACAGGAAAGUACGAAGCACCGUCUUCGUCGUCUGAUAAAGAAGCCUGUGUUGAAUUUUGCUGAUAAAAUUGUACAAUCCAGAAACCAUGUAACCCAUGUGUGAUACAUCCUGAUAGUAUUUUCCUUCCAGUAUUUCAUUCAGGUUACAAAGUGCUUUUGUAUUUAUACAUCUAAACAAUUUUUAUGAAGACAAGGCCAUAUAUAAGAAAAAAAUAUAUUAUAAAAAACUAAAUCACUGUAUCAUGUAGUUCAAGUGUACUGUUAGGUUAAUGAUCAUUAGAAUGCCAUUUACCGGUACCCUGGACAUGUGGCAAGACCACAUGUCAAAACUUUAAAAUAGCAAUAGUCCCCCUGUACCCACCCACCAAUCCCCACCCUCAUCUGGUCCUUACACCAACUGGCAUAAUUUGAAGUGCCUGGUGGCUUAACCUACAACUAAGUCCACACUACCCCUCAAAAAAAGGAAAACGUUGAAAGCGAGUCCCCCCUACCACCUGCAUGAAAGGGUAGGGUGUGGCCUGGCUACAAGAUGGCUUCUUAUGACUAUUGCUAUGCCUAUAAGAGUCUAUUUUUUAAUGAGUAUCCAACUUAUAUGAGGAAUAUGUUAACUUUUCGCCAUAAAACCUAUAAUUUGCACGGUACCCAUAGGUUGAUUCUAAGCAAGCCUAGAACAACAACCUAUGGACCACACUCUUUUUCUUAUUUAUCCGCCCAGAAAUGGAACGAUCUUCCCGACGAAUUAAGGAGCAAUACUUUUAAUGACUUUAAGCGACGUGUGUAAAGUUGCAAUGUGUUUGAUUAGUUUUCACUAAUUUUUGUCUUAUUUUGUGUGUGUAUUUUUUUUUUCAGUUUUAGAUAUCUUAAUUUGUUUCUCGAAGAUAUUAGCUGUAUAGUGUAGCUACUCUAAAAUUCGAGUGAAAAUAAAGGUUAUGUAUGUAUGUUUAUUAUAUAGACACGUGUGUUUUAGUGGAAAAUAUACCACUCGUAAAUUUCAUAAAAACUACAUCCGGGACCCGAGUGGUUUAUUUUCCAUAAUCUCACACGCGAGUUUAUCGAUGACAUAAUUUCUGUCAUUUCCCUCUAUUAUUUUAUCGAUGUUUUUUUGUGUAUUAUAAUAAAAAAAACAUUACACGGCAGCUUGAAGAUAUGAAUUUUUUUUCUUGUGG